AUGGUCCGUGUCACUGACGAGCUGGCUCUCUCGCCAGAGCAUGUCACUCUUUAUCAUACCACCGAUCCAUUGCUCGGUCACCUGCCUGUCCUCGUCUUCCACGGCCCCUCGACGACCGCAAACUAUACCCUCAACAGCUCGCGCCUCCAGAUUCAUGUCUGCAGUCCCGCCGGCGUGCAAUCCUACCCUCGAAUUACCAUCUCACCGAAUUCUCCCUUCUAUGCCGCCGUCAACUACCUACCCCGCGAGUUCCAGGGCGAUGAGAUCUGCCGGGGACUUGCUUUUGGUAUCUUCAAAUACUUCACCGAGCUCCCGCAGUCGGUCAAAGCCCAUCUCAAGAACCAAUACCCUACGACUCGAGGUCGCCGGCCUGGCUCCGCCCCGGCGCUUUUUAACGAACAGCAUGCCGCCGAUCUGGCCAAGGCAAUGGCGAAGGCGGAAAACACCGCCGAUACCAUACAUAUAUUCCAGGCAGCCUUCCAGACCCAGCACGUGAGCAAUGUCGACGUCGACCUUGUGUUACCCCCUGGUGCCAUAGUCCCACUUAACCCGGACGAUCUGGAAGAUGUGCCAGAGGACGAGGAUGACAUACUGGAUCCAACUUUGCGCCAAUAUGGAAUGUACACGCCUUUGAUCAAACUUUUUGGCGAGCCUGUUUUCUUGCCCACGUCCAAGCUCCGACGCGCCCCGUCGAAACCCAGCUCACUCAACCGGGGGAGGUCCUAUACCAAGGAUCAAAAGAUUGAACUGCGGAUGAAGAUGGGCGAGCUGGUAGAUACCGAGGAGCGGUACGUGGUCAAGCUGAACGAGCUGGUCAACCACAUUGCCGACGACUUUAGGCAUAGCGCGAAGAACCGAUCCGCCGAGAGUCUGAGCCCUACCGAGGAGGAGAUAAACAGGCUUUUUCCGCGCUCCGCCGAACGCAUACUCCAGAUCAACACAGGUUUCAUGCAAGCACUGCGAAAGGUCAUGGACGAUACGGAGGAGGAUGCAAUUAACGACGCCGAGAAUACAUCCAUGAGCUCACGAGCUGGGGGCUCGAUCCGGGUCAAAGACCCCAGCGGAGCUCUCGCCAUGGCGCGAACGUUCUUGGAAUGGUUUCCGAAAUUCACUGAUUGCUAUCAGGAAUAUAUCCGCGCCAGUCAGAACUUUCCGCAGCUGCUGAAUUCGUUCCUUGAUAAGGAGUCAAGUUUCCGCCAACGUGUAACGCAGACUGGCGAACAGGCUGUCCGCUCGAUCCUCAUCGAGCCGGUGCAAAGGCUGCCGCGCUAUAGUCUAUUUAUUGACCAAAUAAUAGGCUCCUUGCCCAUCACACAUCCUGCUUUACAGCUCAUGCUUCGCGCACGAGACAUAAUCACAAAUAUCUGCUCCAUGGACGAACCACUGCAGGACAAACCACCUGUCACACAUCGCCUCCGAAAUUUGGUUGAGAGUUGGCCGAUUGAUCUAGAGCCACAGGGGAGGUUGAUAAUGGCAACCGACUUUCUUGAGCUCGCCCCGCCAUAUAAUAACACCACCGAGACCUCGUUGCAGGAUCGUGCUGGCAUCUUUCUCGUCUUCUCUGAUUGCAUCGUAAUGCUGAAGAAAAAGCCAAAUUCAACCUUAAAAGGCCGCGAUCUAAUUCGUGAGGUUGACAAGCCCUCUCCCGCGGGACUACUCGCCUCCAUGACGAACGCAGCAGGAGGCCCCGGCUACUAUGAAAUUGCAUUUGCUGGAUGGCAUAGCAUAGCAGAUGUUCGAUUUACCGAAUCGGCGGAUAAUCGUAUGAUCUGGAUGACGUCGACGCAGGAGAUGAAAGGUUCGCAUGCCGGAGGCUAUGCCAGCGGCAAGGCGGUGACAUCACGUUGCUUUCUCCUACAGGAACAGUUCGAGGCCAAGGCGUCACGAUGGAGCGAAGAUAUCGUCAAGUCCAGGAUAGAAGCUCGCUUCCCCGAGAAGGAACGGGAAGAUCCGACGUGGACACUCCGAUCUGUCAGGAUGCCCGACAACAACCUGGGACUGCAUGCAGCCGUUUUCCAAGAGGGCGCUGAUCAGCUCAUCGAGGGGCGGAGGGAACCAGCUCCCAUUCGCAUCGUUCUCGACACGGACAAGGGGACAAAAUCAGCGCCCGUGGGACAUUACGGCGUCGAGAUACUGAUAGAGGUCAAGUGCAGAGACGGAAAGAGCAAAGUCAGCAUGAAUACCCUGGGGCUCAACGGCAAGCGGUUUACCGAUGAUAUAGCGCUAGAGGACUUUUUGCCGACGGUCUCAAGACGAAUCAUCCAGCUGUUGAGCCAGCAGUUUAACGUCGGGAAUCACUUCCUUGCCCCAGCAUUGGUAUCAUAUUAUACAAAAACGCUACGCGGGCUGAGUCUAUCAUCAAGAGCAGAGAAGACCAGGUCCUUCUUAGCUUCCUCACCUGUGAAGCUCUUGUCUAGCUUCUUGGGGGGUUCGUCGAUAUCUGGAGAGUCUUCCGGCCCAUCGAAAUUACAGAAACCUCAACUUCUGAACUCUUCAAGCUCCAGCCUAUUCCCACCAGUAUUGAGCCGUUCUAAUAGCUCCUCGACAAGUCGGCAUGAAAUCACCUCCUUAAGCGGCUCCAUCAGGGAUAAGGAUGCCAUCAAAACGGAUGAGGACCGACCAGAAAACCCACUGGUACGGCUCGAACAGACCUUUACCGGAUAUGUGGCUGUUUUGCAAUCAAGAAAAGGACAGUUCGUUGGGAGAACGCUCUUAAACAGAUCUUCUGCGGACGAGCUGUCGAUAAACGAUCUCUACAACCGGUUGAUAGAAUCACCGUUUGACUGGGACGCUUCCGCUGACCUCCCAUCCGAAGUAAUAUUCGCCGCGUUCGAGAAAUUCACACGAAUUGCGUGGCGCGACCAAAUGGGACCCAUCAUGACGGUCCAGGCCCUCGACGCUUUACAAGAGCGAGCUGCAAGGAGGGUACCGGGAGACUUUGCAGACUUUGUAAACUAUCUCUUCGCUGACAUGGCCCCGCAGAACCGCAGAGCCUUCACGGCGCUGAUCAAGCUACUCGCGGACCUGUUGGAUGGAUGCGCCAACGACGGCGACCGAGGGGCACUCACGGUAGCUUUCGCCGAGGUGCUGGCUCUCGACGGCAACCCCAACGUUUACAUCAAUCUCCUCGAUCGAUUGGUAGAGGACUGUGAUCGUAUUUUUGAGGAAAUUGGCUUUGGAUCCAACCCGGGCUUCCGCGGCUCAGCUUAUGAGUCCAUGAACUCAAUGACCAGAAGCCAGAAGUCGGCGACGGGAUCCUUGACAUCAAACACCUCAUCGCUUCGACGGAAACUGGGUUUCGAUACUCUCUUACGACAAAACAGCAGCAGCAAGGACUCCGAGCGCCCAUCCAUGUGGAGGAGUCUGAGCAAGCAUGGCAGGCAUCCCGCAACUGGGGAGAGUUCCAGCCUAUCAAAGGCGUCGGCAGGUCGGGCCAGGUCAAUCGACAUGGGGAUGCCCUCCCCUAACAGGUUGCGGCGCCCUGGCUCCCGCGACAGACCACCAGUUGCUGGGGCAUUUGAUGAUAUCAUGACCCGACCCGCUAGCUCGCACCGUUUGGAGACGAUUGGGGAGCCCGAAGUGGAAACCAUACCAGAGAGGCCACUCAAAAUCAAGAGGCGAAGCUCUCUAUCGGAUCUGAAGAGUCUGAUGGCAGCAGCAAGCCUGGAAGAUACUCCCCCAUUACCGCUACGCAUCAACAAGCAGACUUCGGAAAAGUUUAAUUCGACAACAAAACUGCCCACUCCUUCAAAGAUACCAGUGAGCCCGAGGACGCUGCAAGGGGCAGUUAUGUCACCACGUCAAAAGGAGAAUUUUGCAGAACCCGUGCUGGGGCUGGGGCUGAAGUCAUCGCUUACCUCACCACCUCUGGAGAAGCCAUCGCAUUCUAAGAGCAUGUCGACUUCCCAGAUUCCCACACUGCGAAUAACGCGCAAUCCUGCGUUUGGUCAAUCUGACUUGUUGGGCCGUUCCCAGACCAGCCCGACCAAGUCGUCAUCGACACAAAAGCUAAGACUCCAGUCGCCCCAGAAGCUUCGCGAGCGCCUACAGUCGGAAAAGAAGGCGGCGGAUGAUGUAGACGCCACGCUGCAGUCAGAGCUGUCCCGCAUAACUGAGGAUAUGGCUCGAGUGAACGGUUCCAUGCCACCUCGGUCGGAUUCCACGUCCAUGGAGGUGCGCAGGCUACAGGCCAGCAUCAGAGCGCUAGAAGAACGCCUCUAUCAUGCAACGACCGAGUCCUCACAGCGCCAUGCGGCCAUUGAGCGCGACAUGGAGACGACAAUGAAGGCCAAUGAGGCAAAGGUGCGAGGUAUCGACCAGCUGUACAAGGAAUCAAUGGCGGAGAACGAGCUGCUCUACGAAAAGUUCAACUCGGAGCUGGGCAAGAUUGUCAAGGCGUUGAAGGGCAAGGGCCGCGAGGAUAAGGAAGAGUUGGUGGCAAAACUCAAGGAGCAAAGCGAGGAGACGGCUCGCGUCAAGAAGGAGAAUGCACGGCUGCGCAGAGAUAUUGUCAGCUUGAGGACCUUGCUAAAGGGUGGUGAGAAUUGAGGUGGACCUCACUGUGGGAAAUUUUGUUGUUUUCUUUUCAACUUUGAGUGAUGAUACCUUGUUAUGUGCGAAGGAGUUUACUCACGAGGUAAUGCUUUAGGUCCGGCGUUCUAGGCUUCUUAUGGCUUUCUGUGUGGGACGACAAGAGCCAGACCUUUUUGUGGUCGGCUGUGUACUCUAGGUUGGUUGUGUUCUCAAAGGCCGGUAGCUAAUGUGGCCUUUUUUACUCUUUACAUAGCAUUUCUGCCUUACUAUGCAUUUUCAAGCUAGCAGUUCUAUACUAGGGAAUACAGCGUUUGAUAUGGACUGAUCAAACCAGUCGCUCACUGGCUUUCUUGACGAUGGGACGGAGCUCGGUCUUGCUUGCGUUUGACGUUAUUGCUUCUUCUCUCUGAUCGGAGACAUUGGCUUAGCCAGGUUUUGAGUUGAUUCGAGCAACUUGGCCUUGCUUUCUUCAACCCAACACUCAAAGAAAAGAGGACCAGCUUCAACGGAGCGAACAGCCGUUGUUCUGGCAGCACCAACCUCUUGGCCAUGCUUCAGCCUUUUCCUUGAUGGCGGCUGCGAGUUUGACUGCGUUGGGAUCCAGGCUUGGGGGUGCUGGAGUGGUGGGCGGGCAUUAUCUCGCAACUCAACGGCAAUGGUGAAAGUACAGCCUUCGGGUAGACGUGCGAGCUGUUCGCCCGCAUUUGCUAGGCGCUUGACGGCCCCACGAAGGUGUUCGUUGACAUCAACCCAGUUGAUCUCGUCUUCCGGCGGCACACUUGCCAGCUUCGGUUCUCUAUCAAAAGCCAGCCGCUGCUCUUCGUCACCCUCUUGGUCGUUUUCUUGCUCAUCGUCACUGUCGGUGAAUUCAGCUGCCUCCUCCCCGGACUCGGAGUCAUCAUCUUCGUCGUCCUCUUCGCCAUCGCGACCAUCGGCUCCCUCGGCAUUUCGGCCGGCAUCCCCAUCGCCUUCAUUCCCAUCGCCCUUUUUCUUGUUGGGCUUCUUCUUGGGAUCGUCGACGCCAAAGUUUGCCAGAGCCUCGGCCCCGCCGGGCCAGGCGGGAAACUCGGAAACGUCAAACAUCCAUCGUUCGAGCACGGCACCGGGCUUUGGCGGAGGAGGCAUGGCAGGCCUCGGCGAGUCUGUGUCCACACCGGGUGUCGUCUUGGUGGUGGCAGGGCUGGUUGCUGCUAUGGUGGUCUGGACUGUCCUGGUCGUGGCAGGCGAGGGCUGAGUGGCCGGCCGUGAGACCUUGCCAGUUGAUAUGGCAAUCGCUCUCUUUGCAGGGAGUGGAGGGGGACCCAUGGUUCCAGGGGGAGGUUUUGGACCAGGUUUCUGGCCCGGCGUGGUGGGAGCGGCGAUGGCGGCAGCCUUAUCCGGCACGUUGUUGGCGGGGAGAGGCUUGACGGCAGGGGCGUGAAUCACGACGCCGAUCCGCUGGGCGGCGCCAUCAGCAAUCUGGGCUAUCGCGGCGUCGACCGCAUCGUGGACCCAGCUGCACACGGCAGGGUGGCGGUUCUGAUGCACGGGGAGGUUGAAGGCGCGGACUGACAUGAAGGUUCGCUGCGGGUAGAUGCCCCGAUAGUAGAGAAUGUUGUGGAUUGCGACCGUCAAGAACGAGUUGAAGGAACUCAUCAAAGUGUAUGCUUGGGGUAAAGGCAAGGAUGGCUCGCUUGUAGGUGGUGAGCCAGCCCUUAGUGGUGAUGAGCUUCUGCUCCUGGCCCUUGGCUCCGAUGGUGCCGCGGACAAAUCCAUUUUUUUUUUUUUAAUCCAGCUAUUUUUUUAUUUUUUUUUGUCUUAUAUUCUUCCGCGGAAUUUCCUAUCGAUCGACUUUUUUUUCCCUCUUAAAUCCUUG